AUGACUACAAUUAACUCGAAAGCACUCAAUGGCUCUUUUGAGGGAGUCCCCAUUGGGGAGACCAUCCAGUGGAAGAACGUUCUGUACGCCGAUGUCAAGCACCGGUUUGCUCCUCCUAUUCUCAAGACUGACUUUGAGGGAAAGACCAUCGACUGUACCGAAGACGGAUACGAUUGUCCCCAGCUGCCCAACAAACACGAUAUGCACGAUGGCGAGUACAAGAGCGACGAGCUUCUGUGCACCAACCUGCGGAUCGUGAAGCCCAAGGGCGACUUCAAGCACCCCCUUCCCGUCUACUUGUACAUCCACGGAGGUGCCAACUUGGUUGGAAACAUUUACAGCAAGCGAACCGAUCCUACUCCGUUUGUGGAGCACUCUGCUGCAAUCGGCAAGCCUGUCAUCAUGGUUGUCAUUGAGUAUCGACUCGGUAUGCUUGGUUACUCCACCUCCAAGGAUGGAAAGGGUAACUGGGGUCUGCGAGACCAGUGGACUUCAGUUCAGUGGGUUAACAAGUUCAUUGGUGAAUUUGGAGGAGACUCUCAGCGAGUGACUGUUGGAGGAGAGUCUUCUGGCUCAAUUGGUGUCCACGCUCUUGUUCUGAAGGACGGCCUCGAGCACCAUGGCGUUAUCAGCCGAGCCUUCAUGUCUUCCGGAUCUCUGGGCUGUUUCCUUCCUCUUCCGGUUGCUUAUCUUGAUACUUACCGAGCCAAGGCUGCUAAGGAGCUUGGUGUUGAAGAGGCGGAUCUCGAUGACCCUACCAAGGUCCCUCCCUACGCUCUCGUCACGGCCGGAUUCAAGAUCGAAUACCCCUUUGGCUUCUAUGCUUACGAUGACUUUUUGCCUGACAACCUGCUGCAAGCCAUUCCCAAGCUCAGAACCGCUCUUGUCUCCGACAACGACUAUGAGGGUUCUCUAUUUGUGAAGCGAGUGGUGCCACCUGCCGAGAUCGAACCUCUUCUCAACUCCUCCGAGACCGGAAAGAAGGUCAAGGAUAUCUACAGCAUCUUGACCGGUGCCGAGGUGUGCAAGUUCCGAGGAGAUAGUUUCUUUGUCGUGUCUAACGCAGAGCUACUCGGCCAACUGGAAAAGGGAGGUGUUGACGUCUACCGACAGUUCUUCGACCAGGUUGAUCCCUUUGACCCUUCUCUUAGGGCCCGUCAUGCUGUCGAUCUUGUCUUCAUGUGGAAAUGUCUUCCCAACCUCCCUGAGUGGGCCAUCGAACUGGCCAACAAGUACCAGACCAACCUGAUCAAGUUCGUCUACGAUGAGUCUCCCUGGCCCUCCGAUGAGGUUGCCCUUGUUGGAAACAAGACCAUCAAGUACGGUCAUUACAACCCUCGAAAGCUGGCAGAGAAGCUGCUUGACCUCGACCUCAAGGAGAUUCGAAAGCUUGGAGAGAAUCUCACUCCUGCUGGAGAGUGGGCUAUGUAG